AUGUCGGCGAAUGUGAAGGUAGUGGCUCGGUUUCGACCAGUGAGCUCUCAUACCGAAACUGUAAAUAAGGGCGACGAUGCAAUCGUCGUGUCACACGAUGAUGAGGCGUCUGUGCGCGUCACAUACGGCACCGGCUCCCAUUUCGUGUUCGACCGUGUAUUCCCUAUGCACACGCCUCAGGUCGACAUUUUCGAGUAUAGCAUCAAGAAUACCGUCGAAGAUGUGCUACAGGGCUACAAUGGUACUAUCUUUGCGUACGGCCAGACUGGCUCCGGCAAGACCUACACCAUGAUGGGCCCCGAUAUCCAGGAUGAGCACAGUCGCGGCAUUAUCCCGCGACUUACCGACCAGAUAUUCCAGUCUAUCUAUGCGAGUCCACCGAUGAUCGAAUAUGUCGUCAAGGUCUCGUUUAUGGAGAUAUACAUGGAAAAGAUCCGAGAUUUGCUGGCGCUGGAUCGCGACAAUUUGCCAAUCCAGGAAGACCGGACGAAGGGUGUGCAUGUAAAGGGGCUCUCUGAAUACUACAUGAGCAGCCCUGACGAGGUGUACGAGAUGAUUCGACAGGGGACGGCUGCGCGCGCCGUAUCUGCGACCAAAAUGAACACAGAGUCGUCUCGCUCUCACAGCAUAUUCACGGUCACCGUUCAGCAACGGCACACGGAGACCGGGGCCAGCAAGAGUGGCACCUUGUACCUGGUCGACUUGGCAGGUUCUGAGAAGGUGGGCAAGACCGGCGCCAGUGGGCAGACACUCGAAGAGGCCAAGAAGAUUAAUAAGAGCCUGAGCACACUCGGCAUGGUCAUCAAUGCUCUUACGGAUGGCAAGUCAUCGCACGUGCCCUACCGUGACUCCAAGCUGACACGCAUUCUGCAGGAGUCCCUGGGCGGCAAUUCCCGGACCACGCUGAUUGUCAAUUGCUCACCUGCUGCGUAUAAUGCUGAGGAAACGCUCUCGACACUUCGAUUCGGCAUGCGAGCCAAAUCGAUCAAGAACAAUGCGCGUAUCAACGUGGAGCUUUCUCCAGCGGAACUUCGGGAGCAGCUGAAGAAAGCGUCGGUACAGAGUCAAGGGCUCAGGCGCCAUGCUGACCGGCUAGAGCAGGAAGUGACGGAAUGGCGUGCGGGACGCGCAGUGCCAGAGGAUACGUGGACGCCACUGCUUAUGGACGGGCAUACUAUUGCGUCCAUGAAUGCCAAAAUACCCGCGAAUACAGAUACCAACAGCCAAGCCGAGAGCGUUUCAGCCCCCAUGCCGACGAAGAACGAGCUAGAACGUGAGCAGGAGCUGGAACAGCGAACGCGACUGCUUGAAUCCCAGCUUAGUGAGGCGCGCAUCAAGCUGGAUCAGGUCUCUUUCCAUAACAAGGACCUUUCUGACCAAGUGUCAAUGCUGGAAAAAAAGGUGGCUACCACCGAAGCGGCUGCUGCUGCUGCUGCCAGUGCUGCCGGCAAGUCGACGCGGGAAGAGCGCGUGAAAACAAUGUUACAGUCAAUGGGAGAAAUGUCUGUGCCAGUUGACGCCGUACUUGAGCUCGUCGAGCGUCUCCGAGUUGCUUGCCGUGCUGGUGGCCCUAUACCAUUGUCACUCAAAGAGCUGCAGUCUCUGGAAAACGCAUUGAUGCACUCUCAAGUGGCCCUAUCCGAGCAGAUUCAGCACGGCCGGAUUCUUGCCCAGGAGAAUGCGCUGCUGCAGAACCAGAAGUCAGUAUUGAGUGAUCGAAACGCCGCGUUGCAGCAACGCUAUGACCUAAUCACCAACCAAAUCGGCGCCUUGGAGCAUGGCCUCCGUGUCGGUGAUGAAAAUGCAAUGCAGUUGGCCGAGCUGCGUGACAUGUUGGAGGAGCAUACGUCCGCGCAGAAGCUCAGCACGAGUUCUGAGGCAACACACUUGGAGCAGCUGCUGGCGAUCCGCAGCGAGGAGACGGCCGGCUUGACCAGGUCCCUGGAUGAUCUGCGCGCUAGUCACGAGGAACAACGCAGAGCCAUGGAGCUGCUUAGUACCUCGCUAACUCAGGGCGAAUCGGCGGGCCCUGAUCCGGCCGUGGUCCAAAGACUGGUGGAUGCGUCAUGGCAAAUGGAGCGGGCACGCGAACUUGUGACACUGCGCUUGCGCGAGUACGAGCGGUUGAAGGAGCAGCUCAUGCAUGGCCUCAAGGAGCGCAGUGAGCGGAUUGUGGAUAUGGAAAUGGAGCUGGAGCAGACGCAGGACCACUACCGUCUCCUCAUCCAAAGUCUCAAUCUAAAGACUCAGCAGCAAAAAAUGUCUCUUCUCGAACGGCGUCUCGAGCAGCUUACAGUCGUGCAGCAGCGUUUGAUCGAGCAGAACACGACGCUGAAGCGGGAUGUGGCGCUGGCGGAAAAACGGCUCGCCGCGCGGACCGAGCGUAUUGAGGAGCUCGAGGCAAACCUUGAAAAUUUAGAGCCUGCUUGGCCGAACGGGUCCGAUGUACAUGCGCGCAUAGCUAAGCCGCUCCGAGGUGGUGGGCGGGGGAAGCUGGGCACACCCAGCCAGGCAGAGGCGCACGGCCGCGCUUCCCCCACCAAGCCGAGCCGGUGGUUUUUUGCGGCGAAGUAA